ACCAAACUGAAUUCACAGUCUCACAAUCACCUACAUAAACACAUUCUCUUAUUUGCCAAUUUACUUGACUCACUAGCAUCUGAAAAGUGAAAACCACAAAAAAUGGCAAUGUGGAAGCCACAAACACUCACUUUCACUUUCUUAAUGUUAACAACAAUGUUGUUCAUGAACACAAACGCUUUAAUCCCUUACAACCGACCUCUAUGGGACAUGAUGGUUCCUUCUGAGGAUCCAUUCAGGAUCCUCGAACAAAACCCGCUCAAUAUCGCUAAAGAUAUCGACACUAUCAACCUGGCACGUGCCGACUGGAAAGAAACUUCGGGUCACCACGUGAUCUCCCUUGAUGUCCCCGGAAUGAAGAGCCCGGAGAUAAAGAUCGAGGUGGAAGAGAGCCGGGUGCUCAAAGUUAGCGGGGAGAGGAAGGCGGAGGAGGAAGCGGAUGGCGACAAGUGGCACCGGGCGGAGAGGACAAGUGGAAAGUUUUGGAGACGGUUCAGGUUACCGGCGAAUGCUGACAUAGAGAACAUAACGGCGCACCUUGAAGAUGGCGUGUUGAAGAUCAAGGUACCGAAGUUGGCUCAGGUGAAGAAACAGUCCAAGAUUAUUGACAUUAUCGGACAAGAGAGCUCAGGUGAAGACGUCAAAGCAACAAAGGCUGAUGCUUGAGUUUUAUUCAUAACAUGUUGUUGGUAAUUGUAAUAAAUUUUGUUGUUUUUAUGAUGUAUGUUGCUUUAUAAAAAUACCAUUGUCAAUUGAAAAAACACUACCUGAACGGUAGGCUCUGUCUA